UACUACACAGAGCAGCUCGCGCCAUUUCGGUGGUGGUGGUGGUCGUCGUCGUUGUCGAUCGAUCGAACAAUGUUUAAAAACAUUAUCCUUCUUUACAUCAUACUUCCUUUAUGUGUUCCCCUUCCUGCCUCUUCCACUCAUCUAUGAUGCUACAAUAUAUUGUCUCUGUAGUUUUUUAGCACUACCAUACAAAACAAGUAGAAAAUGUUUCAGGGAUUUUUAGCUAAAGAAUGCAAUGCUGGGGUCCGGAGUCAGUUUCCAGUCGAUGUGUUGCAUCUCUUGUGGAUCAGAAGGCAGAGUAAUCAUAUUUUUUGCUGCAUUUCACUAUAUACCUUGUGUACAUGUGACAAAUAAAACUCAUUACUUGAAAUGAGGAUUUUUUUUUUGGGAAAUAUAUGUUUGGGGGAUGACCACUAGAUGGCACUGUUAACAGAAAAUGGGAGAAAACAUCCUAUAACGCAAAUGCAUUUUCUAUGUGGCCGUUUAUAUUGUAUUUCACGCAUAUUGUGCAAGUAAUGCUCAGAUAUUGCCAGACAAAUUUUUGGUAUGAAGCCCAGAGUGACAAAUUCAAAAGCUUAGACCAUCUGAUGAUAGAUGUCUGAUUUUUUUAAUAACAAACUCAGCCUGAUGGGCCCACGGUCGCCUGGAUCACAGACUACCUGACUAACAGACUACCUGACUAACAGACUACCUGACUAACAGACGGCAGCUGGUGAGGCUCCUGGUCUGUGUGUCAGAGAUGGUGGUGAGUAACACUGGGGCACCUCAGGGAUCCGUCCUGUUUGCCUGCUAUGUCUCCCUUCCUGUUUGCCCUCUAUACAUCAAACGUCCAAUAAAACACCAGCUCUUGCCAUCUACCGAAGUUCUCAGAUGACUCUGUCAUUGUAGGAUACAUCAGCAAUGGAGAUGAAUCAGAGCACAGACCUGGGGGACAUAAUUAGAGGACUUUGCCUUGUGGUGCAGGGAGAACAACCUGCAGCUUAACAUAAGCUGGACAAAAGAGCUGGUGGCCAAUUUCUGGCAUAACAGGGAGCCCCUGAGACCAGUCACCACCUGGGGGGUGGGGGGUCCCCCAUUCCACCACAGUGUGCUAUGAAGAGCUACUGGGGCUGUUAUCUACCUGCUGUCAUUAGGCACCACAACGCCCCCUCCUGGCCAGGUACAUAACCAGAAAUAAAUUUUGUGGGGGGUCUGGCAAUUAUAUCCACAGGAUUUGCCAACUAGGGGGGGUUCAGCCCCGUAAUUUUACUACCGUUACUCCAAUGGAAAAUGUCUACUGCUAUCUGUUUUUUUAGUCACACAUUACUAUCUGCUAAUUUAUUACUAUUUCUCUUAAUAUUUAUUAUUCAAUUAAUAUGUCAUAUGAUCCUGUUUUUAUCUGUAUAGUGUACUUAUCAAAUUGUUAGCACUGUUUACUUGUUUGUACUAUGUGAACUGUCACUGCACCUUGUCUGUUUUGAACUAAAUGUGUGUUUGAGAUCUGCGUACUUGCUGCUGCAUGCACAAGAAUUUCCCUCUGGGAUCAAUAAAGUUAAUUUAAUCUAAUCUAACAGCAGUAUACUGCCUGAGCGCAGCACAUCAAGGGCUAUUCUCUGCACUAAGGUCAAAUCCUGUUUCCCUGUAAGGCCAACAGAUGGACAGUUUAUGAAUAGGCUUUUGCUCUUUUAGCCUUGCUCAAGACAUUUUUUACACUUUGAACUCUAAUUUGGUAACAUCGGGAAAUGAAGAAUGUCAACCAGAUGAAACUGGGACAUUGGCCCUGACUUUAUACUGAGACAGAGAAAUGAAAUUCCUUAGGGGUUUCCUUUGAAAGAGAUUCAGCAAGUCUGCCAGUUAAUUAAAUACUGUGGCAGAGUUAACUUCUUUUGGUCAGUACGAAUAACUUAAAGGCAGCAUGAGUACAAAUCUGGACUAAACUCAAGUACUGCAGUGAAAUAUUAUCGGGUGAAACGGGGAGUAUUUUGAACAUAGUGACAUUAUUUCGCUACAAUAGCGGCUGUUUUGGACUUGUAAGAUGUGACGUAUGAGUCAUGCACAUAUGUGCGUCUGUUUUGUUUGUACGGUUUGGGGCCCAGGCUAUAGCCUAGGACAGCCAAUGCAUUAAUCCGCGUCUGUUUUUUUAAUAUUUAUUAUUUAUUAAACUCAGGUCAUCAAUCAGAUACAGAGCUGCUAUUUGCCGCGUAUCCAAAGCCAUGCGCGGUGCCGCCGAGCGCUGUGAUGUUAAAUCUCCAUCUGCCGAUUAAAUGGACGAUAUUAUAUAGUCCGCUGCCCGCCACGGCACAUUGGGUUUGGCAGAGAUCCGGAUCUCCACUUCGCUUGUGAGGUCUGUCAGAGACUGCUGCUGGCCGGGGUACCGCACCGUCAGCCAUGUUGGACCGGCCGGCCCGGGAUGCGGUCCUGCGGCGCUGAAUGCUGAGCGGAGCCGGAGCGCCCAAUGAAUGGGAUUUAACGGCAGUGCUGCGAAGGACCGUACAGGAAAGCACGGGCUCUGAGUGUGAAAGCUGCCUGUCAGAAUAAGACAUUUCCAGAAUAUCCUUCUACACAGAUCUCGCAGAACAUGACAGGCCCCUAACACCCACCAAAGGCAUGGCGGCAGCUUGCCUGGACCCCAGCCUAAACCAUACCCUGGGCCCGGGGGCCAAGACCCGACUCGGUGGGGGGCUGGAGCGCUCCCCAGGGGCCCCGGAGCGGGUGCUCAGGGUCUUCCACCAUUUCGAGAGCAGCAGUGAGCCAGACACCUGGGCCAGCAACGUCCGGCACGGAGACGCCACUGACGUCAGGGGCAUCAUCCAGAGGAUCCUGGACCUCCACAGCGUGAGGAGCACUCCCUGCUUCGGCCUGCGUCUCUCUCACCUGAGGUCAGGGGAGAUGCACUGGCUGCAUCCUGACGUCGGCGUCACCCACGUGAGGGAGAAGUUUGAGCAGAACCAAGCCCAGGAGCACUGGAGGUAUGAACUCCGCAUUCGCUACCUGCCGAAGGGGUACCUGACUCAAUUCAUGGAGGACAGGCCAACGCUGAACUACUUCUACCAGCAGGUUAAGAGUGACUACAUGUUGGAAAUUUCAGAUCACGUCGACCAAGAUAUCGCUCUCAAGUUAGGCUGCCUUGAGAUCAGGAGGUAUUUCAGGGAGAUGCGUGGAAAUGCUCUGGAUAAAAAGUCAAAUUACGAAUUACUGGAGAAAGAUGUCGGCUUGAAACGCUUCUUCCCCAAAGCUUUACUGGAAUCCAUUAAGCCCAAGACGCUGCGAAAGCUGAUCCAGCAGACCUUCAAGCUGUUCGCCAACCUGAACGAGGAGCAGAGCAUCCUCAAGUUUUUCGAGAUCCUUUCACCGGUUUACAGAUAUGACAAAGAGUAUUUCAAAUGCGCCCUCGGGUCGAGCUGGGUUAUCGCCGUCGAGCUUGCCAUUGGACCUGAGGAGGGGAUCAGCUACCUUACUGACAAGGGUUCGAGUCCCACCCAUCUGGCUGAGUUCAGCCAUGUCCAGGCCAUCCAGUUCCCCGGCCUUGAGGACACGGACAGGAAGGGGGUGCUGCAGCUGGACGUGUCAGGGGCCGCGGAGCCCCUCACUGUCACGACCUCGUCACUGAGCGCGGCAGAGAACAUGGCCGACCUGAUCGACGGCUACUGCCGCCUGGUAAAGGGGGUGUUGCAGUCCUUCAUCGUCCGGCCGCUGAAAGAGGGAGAGAGAGCGCUACCAUCAGUGCCUAAAGCUGGCGGCAGCGAGAAGCGGCUUCUGGGAGGCCGGGCGCGGGCUGUCUCAGAUGAAGUCAGCGGGGAUGAGACAGACGACUACGCAGAAAUCGUAGAUGACGAGGAUGUUCACGCCAUGCCCUCCAAAAGCUGUGGGCUUUAUAAAGCCAGAGACUACGAGAUCCAGCGGGAGUGGGUCCAGCUGGGGCGCUGCAUCGGAGAGGGACAGUUUGGGGACGUUCACCAGGGCGUCUUCACGAGCCCGGGCCACUCUUGCCUGUCCGUAGCGGUUAAGACGUGUAAAAACUGCACUUCGGAUAGCGUCAGAGAGAAAUUCCUCCAAGAAGCCUUGACCAUGAGGCAGUUUGAUCACCCACACAUAGUGAAGCUGAUCGGCAUCAUCACCGAGAGUCCAGGCUGGAUCGUCAUGGAGCUGUGCACCCUGGGAGAGCUGCGCUCCUUCUUACAAGUCAGGAAGUACACGCUUGGUUUGGCCUCCCUCAUCCUCUUCGCCUACCAGCUGAGCACAGCUCUCGCUUAUCUGGAAAGCAAGCGAUUUGUGCACAGAGACAUCGCUGCCAGGAACGCCCUGGUGUUUUCCACAGACUGCGUCAAGCUGGGAGACUUCGGCCUCUCUCGAUACAUGGAGGACUGCUCCUAUUACAAAGCUUCCAAAGGGAAGCUGCCUAUUAAAUGGAUGGCUCCUGAAUCCAUUAACUUCAGACGCUUCACCUCUGCUAGCGACGUGUGGAUGUUUGGCGUGUGCAUGUGGGAGAUCCUUAUGCAUGGGGUCAAGCCAUUCCAGGGGGUGAAGAACAACGACGUCAUCGGCAGGAUAGAGAACGGCGAGCGGCUGGCCAUGCCUCCCAACUGCCCCCCCACCCUGUACAGCCUCAUGACCAAGUGCUGGGCCUACGACCCAAGCAAGAGGCCCCGCUUUACUGAGCUCAAAGGGCAGCUCAGUACGAUCCUGGACGAGGAGAAGCUUCAGCAGGAGGAGCGCAUCCGCACCGAGAUGAGGCGACAGGCUCCUGCGUCCUGGGACAGUGGCGGAACUGAUGAAGCUCCCCCAAAACCCAGCCGCCCCGGAUACCCCAGCCCUCGCUGCAGUGAGGGGUUCUACCCCAGUCCCCAGCAUGGGGGUCAGCACAACCAUUACCAGGUCUCCGCUUAUGCUGCCCCCCACGGGAAGUUCCCACAGGCCUCACUACUGGACCCACAGGAGACCCGGAACCACCUGCACCCGCAGGACAUACCCAUGUGGCCCUCCAGUGCAGAGGAUGGGGGGCUGUUGGAGCGGCGAGGAAUGGGCCAGGGGCUGCCCCCCCACCCAAUGGAAGAGCAGCUCUCGCUGCAGCAGCAGCAGAUGGAGGAGGACCAGCGCUGGCUGGAGCAGGAGGAGCGUCUCCUGAAGCCGGAGCCGAGGAAUUCAAGGGCCAGCGCCGACCCAGAGGAGGGCAGCCUGCCGGGGCCGGCAGGAAACCAGCACGUCUACCAGCCCAUCGGCAAGCCAGAUCACACUGCCCCCCCCAGGAAGCCCCCCCGACCUGGAGCCCCCCACGCCGGCGUGAAUUCUGCGGACAGCUACAACGAAGGAGUGAAGCCCUGGAGGAUUCAGCCCCAGGAGAUCAACCCCCCUCCCACAGCCAAUUUGGAUCGCUCCAACGACAAAGUGUAUGAGAAUGUGAUGGGACUGGUCAAAGCAGUCAUCGAGAUGUCCAGCAAAAUACAGCCGGCGCCCCCAGAGGAGUACGUGCCCAUGGUGAAGGAUGUGGGCCUGGCACUGAGGAUGCUGUUGGCUGCUGUCGAUGAAACGAUACCCAGUCUACCUUCGGGGUCACACAGAGAGGUGGAGAUGGCCCAGAAGCUGCUGAACUCAGACCUGGCCGACCUCAUCAGCAAGAUGAAACUGGCACAGCAGUACGUCAUGACCAGCCUGCAGCAGGACUACAAGAAGCAGAUGCUGACGGCCGCCCACGCGCUCGCCGUGGACGCCAAGAACCUGCUGGACGUCAUCGACCAAGUGCGCCUGAAGAUGGCGCCACAGCCACGGCCGCAGUAGCCCCAGCGUGAGAGGCGGAGUGAGACGGAGACAACCAAUCAGGCUGAACUGGAAUGGAACAUUUAUCAUGCACCAGCUUGGCAGGAAGGGCAGCCCCUACAGCCAGGGCUCAGCCAAUGGGAAUGCAGAUCUUCUGCUAAGACUCCCACCCAGUACCUUUAGACACGCCCUCCCAGGGUCUGUGAGAGACACGCCCAGAGUUUUCAGUGGCGAUUCAAUGUACUUUUCUUUUGUUUUUUGUAUCUGGAGAUUUUAUUCAGAUAAAAGUAAGGGGCUCAGCUACAGAUCAGCAGACACAGCGAAGACGAUCCUCCAGUAGAAAACACCUCCGGGCUGCGCUGUACAUAGUCCUGGGAAACCCAAAAGUUCACAAUUCUUCAUGCUAAACUAUGGUUCCUUUUGUGUUGGUCACAUUUAAUGUGCUACUCUUGGCGUUGUGUGGAGGGUUCGAAAUAGAUAUAUUUUGUUUUAAUUUGUUUCCACCUCUAUCAUAUAGGGGGACAUUGAUGGAAUUCAAUAUGAAUAAAUUAACUAAAUGUA